AUGUCCAACUACGGCACCACCAACCACAACCAGGGCCGUCGUGACGAGGAGGACCAGCCCCUGCUGAACGGCGUCCCAAUCUCGGCAACCAACGAGGCCUUCUAUGUUCGUACCUACCGUCAUGUCCAUCACCAUCGCAAGAGAUACUUUGCUUUGUGGCUCCUCGCUGCCCUCAGCGCCGUGAGUAUCGUCUUGGGUCUCUUCUACUACCAUAAGAACAAGCACGAUAGCCCCGCUCCCGGUGAGGGCGAGUUCCUGUUGACUGCCGUCGGCAAAAAGCACGGCGAUGAAAUCUGCGAGUCUGACCGCUCCUACCCCGUUGCCAUCCUCCUCUCCAUCUUCCUUGGAUAUGUCGGAGUUGACCGCUUCUACCUCGGCUAUAUCAUCUCUGCGCUGUUGAAGCUCAUCACUGGCGGUGGUUUCGGUAUCUGGUACAUCAUCGAUAUCGUCCUUAUUGUCAUUGGAGGUCUUCCUGACCACAACGGCUGCUCCCUCAUUCACUAA